AUGCGUUGGCACUCAUCGCGAAGGCGUGAGGCCGCCGUGAGGGGAGGCUCUGGACGCAUCGCCCUGUCUCUGAUGGCGCUGCAGUCGCCCACUGGACUCCAUUGUCGCCGCCUUGCCGCUCUGUCGCCGAUGCAUCUGGUCUCCGCACACUCCAUUUUCGACCCGUUGUGCGCUGCCAGCCCCGAAGAGCCGCCCUCGACCGCGCUGCCCUCGACCCCUCGACUGGAGCGCAACCCUCACGACACGCGCGCGCGCGGUAGCAUGUCCUCUCCACGCCGUCAAUUGCCUUCGCUGCCGUCUCCUGCCCGUCGCCAUCGCAGUCUGCCGUCGCCAGCACCGCCCGCUGUGGCUGGAGCCCGGAGGCAACGCACGUCGAGUCGGUCGCCGGCGGCGAAUUGCGCAGGCCCACGGCGCUCCAGCGACGAGACAGCAGCAGACGCCACGGCUGGUGCGGCGACUGGCUCGUCCUCCCGCCGCCUAGGAUCGCGCUCGUCCGUCCGCCGUCCAUCCUCACCACCACGCGCGCUCCCUCGCCCGCGAGCCUCGCCAUCGGCGGCUGCGACUGCCCACCCGCCAGACGUCGCCGGGCCUGAGACCAGAGUCGCAUUGAGUGCCCCGGGCCCGCCUUCACCCGUCACCGUGUUGCCAACCCAGCAACCAUCUGACGAUCCCCACGACCGCAACGUUAACGAACCCUACACAACCUCUCUGCAGCAACGCCAGCAGCAAGCUCAGGAAUACUACCGCCAACAGAACCUUUCACGCGUCUCGAGUUCCUCCGGUAGCAGCCCGUACACCCUCCGGCGCACCCCGAACUUCGAAGAGCCGCGUGCCCGUCCCAGAGCUUCGUCCUUCGACUCGAACCAAGCUAGACCGCCCCCAACCGUAAGGUUCGCCGACGACAGCGACCCAGCGACCACUACUCGGUUCACCCGUCCUCGCGUAGCUUCACCUACUGCCCCACAAGACCCCUUCACUCCUCACCCUGCCCUCCGCAUCUCCAGACGCACUGCAGCUGCCAUCCAGUUCACUCUCCAAGAAGCUCUGCAACACCCAUACCCUUUCACUCCCGACCUUGCUGAGGAGAACGCUUCCAUGUCAGAGCUGGCGGGGGGGUCGACCGGCAAUGGUCGCGCUGCGAAUGGCGGCGCGCGCACAACCGCAGGGCCCGUCCCUGUGUCGCAAGGCAAUACCGCAGCGCAAGACCAACGACCCGGCAUCAUGACACCACGAGAGAUCAUGACCGCACGUCGAGAGCGCGAGGAACGACGCGCUGCCGAGGCACACGCAGCGAGAGCUGCCGAGGAGCAGCAACGGCGGGCACAGGAGGACGAGCGAAGGAAGAGCGCGGAACGAAGAGCACAAGCUGCUGGCGUUGCUGGCACAGCCAGCCAGAGACAACCACCACAGAACACCCCUCUCAGAAAUCCAACUGACGACAGUGGAUACGGGACUCGACAGAACACGGGCGGAGGAGGUCUGCCACGAGAGGCCGAGCGCGUUCCUGCAUCUGGAGGACCCGUCAACCCUCUCGCUCCAUCGCAAGCUCCGGACACAACUGCAGGCGCGCAAUAUGGCCGGGUUCGGGCAACAUCACAAUCACAACAGCAGCCGCGACCCACAAAUCCUCCAGCACCCGCCACAGGCAUGCCUGACACUACGCGACGACCACAAGGUUCAUCAGCUCAUGCGCGCCAGCCGUCAGCUCCGACAGCUGCUGCGCAAGCCCGUCAAGGUCCCAUCGGGGUCCCCCCACAGCAAACUCAAGGUGGUCCAUCCUCGGUAGGAGGCCACUCACGGAACACGACAAAUGUGUCUUCAUUCCCUCAUGCAUUUGAACGAUGGGAGACUCUGUCAUCUCAUUGGGAGGGCCUCACGUCGUAUUGGAUUCGACGACUGGAACAGAACACUGAAGAAGUCCGGCGAGAGCCAUUAGCGCAGCAAAUGUCGCGGCAGAUCACUGAUCUGUCCGCAGCUGGGGCUAAUCUCUUCCACGCCGUUGUUGAGCUUCAACGACUUCGAGCCUCUUCAGAGCGCAAGUUCCAGCGCUGGUUCUUCGAGCACAGACAGGACCAAGAGCGAUCACAAGAGAUGCAAGCGGGGCUGGAGCUUGAAUUGCAGGUUGAACGCCAAGCCCGUGCUGACGGCGCCGCCAAUGCGGAUCGUUUGCUGAGGGAGAAGAACAAUGCUGACAGGAUGGUAGCUGAGAUGCGACGUGAGCUUCAGAUCUCGAAAGAGGAAGCACGUAGAGCAUGGGAGGAGCUAGGCCGUCGUGAAGCAGAAGAGCGAGCUCGCACUGAAUCACUUCGAGAUGGCCAGCCUACAUUAGUCGGCGGCGUUCAAGUGGUGCCCAUGGGAGCGGGCAUGGCUAGCAGGCACGGAAGCGUAUCCCAGCGACCUUCAACAAGAGAUGAAGGUUACAGCAGCUUGCCCCAGGGCGCCCAGUCGGGUGGUACGCAAGGUCUGCAACCCCAGUACUCCUAUGAAGAAGCUGCUUCGCCCACCGAUACCGAUCCAUAUGGCGAAUCUGCACGACAACAAACAUCAGGUCUUCGCCACGAGCCGGAUGUCCCCGCCCUUGGUCGUGGUACAUAUGGAGGCUACCCGACCAGCAGCGAAGGCGGAACAUCGAGUUCAACUGCACGCACUGCUAUUCCACCGGCACAGAGUCAAUCUCAAGCGCCAGCUCCGUUACAACCUCACCGCACGACCGCUCAACAGCCUGCAGUCCAGCCAACCACAUCCCAGCCCGAAGCAUUCUACCAGCAGCCAGGAACUUACCUGCAUGAAGACACCGCUGCUAACAUCCCCGAGGACGAGCGAUCAUAUGUCGAAUCUCAAGGUGACGUGACCUCGGAAGGCGAUGAAGAAUAUGUAAUCGACGGAUCAGGAAAUUUCGUUCUUGACGAAUCAGGCCAUCGAGUCACAUACCGGGAGCACCGACUUCGCCAAUCCGAGUCGGAUGAAUUUGACGUACAAGCAGAUCGACAGCGAGAGAUUGAACACCUAAACCGCUAUGGCACAGCAUCGGGUGGUUAUGGUGCGGCUACCAGCACCGCUGGACCUGCGUAUCCUCCUGCUCCAGGCCAGGCUGGCUACCAGACUGCUGGACCCGUUGAUUACAGCGGCUCUGGCUAUGGAACCGAGUGGGCUGCUAUGCGCCACCAUCAUCCAACUCGCUUGAGCGACGUUCUAGAAGAAGACGAACGUAGCAGGACUUCUCCGAGUCGGGCCAGUCAGACCAGCCGGGGAAUGUACUGA